CCGGAAGUCGCCAUUGCAUCGUUAACUUUAGCCGUGCUCAUACUUUAUCACUUGCAUUAAACGUUAGACAGCGUUGGCUUGCCCAUUCCAACCAUUCUGUCGUGUAGUGUGACAUGAAAAAUUUUUGAUCUGUACAGAACUUGUAAUAAUGGUAGCCAGUGCAGAAAUAGUCAAACGUACAAUUCCAGAGCUGCGCGUGGUCGACUUGAAGAAUGAAUUGGAAAAGAGAAACCUUGAUAAAACUGGAAACAAAGCUGUUCUAGUUGAACGCCUUACCAAGUCAGUUCGGGAAGAAGGCCACAAUCCUGAUGAAUACUACUUCGAAGUAUCUGAACGGAAGAUAGCAAAAAAAACAGGCACUGCAAGGCAAGAUCAUGACAUUAGCGAUCUAGACAGUGCUACCGAUGGGGCUGAUGUAUCCAAUGCCAAUGAGUUUGAUGAAGAUUUGAAGGAAGAUGGGGACGCUAAGAAAGGAAAUCAAAUUAAUGAUGUUAAUGACUCGAACAGUUUUGAGGUGGUAGAAGCAGCUGUGUCUUCUGCUGAUGAGUCCACAAAAAUUGAGUUUUCGGGUAACCAAGAAAAUAGUGAUGCUGUUGAAGAUUGCAUUAACCUCAAUGUGGAAGAUGAAGAAAAUUUUGAAGAGGAGGAGAGUCAUGCUAAGGAGAAGGACGAACCACCAAGGAGAGGAUUAACUCAGCAGCAGCAACGUGAAGAGAAACAGCAGCCUAAGAGCUUAUCGACCGGCGUGGGUUCGUCUGGAGAUGCAUCAUUGGCCGGUGGAGUAGGAGAUGCGAUGGAAAUCGUCAAAACGAGUUCGGGAGCCUUUGGUGACAGCAACGGGGACCACGAGGCUGACGAAGAUGGCAAGGAAAGCAACAACAGUACUGGAGCCUCGAUGGACAACGUCGCCUCGUCAACUGCAUCGACCGGAGAGAAAGCCAAGAGUGGCUCCGCCGGUGUUAAAGAUGGUACGAAGACAGCCUCCAAAGACGACCGAGACAAGAAGAAAGGCGUAGGAAGUUCGAGCAAUGGUGGUGGCAGUCGCAAUUUGUGGGUGAGCGGGUUGUCUACAUCGACGCGUGCAACAGAUUUGAAACAUCAUUUCUCAAAAUUCGGCAAGGUCAUUGGAGCGAAAAUAGUCACCUAUGCCCGGACACCAGGUGUACGUUGCUUUGGCUACAUUACUAUGGCCACAAGUGAAGACGCUUCAAAGUGUAUACAGUACCUCCAUCGCACUGAAGUUCACGGGCGGAUGAUUUCAGUAGAGCGGACAACAGGAGAGAGCGGACCUCGUAAGGCUGAUGUCAAAUUGUCUGAACCAAAGAAUGCAGUUCCAUCUGCAGCCGAGGGUGAAACAUCUGAAAAAAAGAGCGUUGACAAAGUUGAUGACCUCGAAGGUGAUUCUUCGCCAAUCUCGAAGAAACCAACAGAAACGACACAGGACGUUGUAUCGGGUGAUGCAACCGGAGAUGCGUCCGUCGCCGGAAAUGUGAAAGAAAAGGAAGAAGAGAAAGCAACGUCACAAGGAACGGACAAAGAUGGUAAAACCGCGAUCGCCUCGGCUCAACAACAACGCGAAAACCGUGAACGAGUCAACCGCGAACGGAUGGAACGUGAAAGGAAAGAUCGGCCUCGACGACCUCUGUCACCUCAUAGACCGCGCCAGCAAGUUUUGACCUUCCAGCACAUUCGGGAGGAACGGGAGAAGCAGCGACUAAGAGAACGUGAGCGGCUAGAGAGAGAAUCGGAGCGUCGUCGGCGAGAAGAAAUGGCGCGCAUUCGGGAAUUUGACCGCAAACAACGUGAAGAAGCUAUGAGACUAGAAAAGGAGCGUGAACGGUUACGCAUCGAAAGGGAGAGAUUGGAACGCGAGAAAGCAGAAAUACUACGCCUUGAACGGGAACAGCAACGGUUGGAAAGGGAAAAGAUUGAAGCGGAACGAGAAGAGCUGAAACGCAGACAAGCUAGGUCUCUUGCCAAGAUUGAAGAAGUUAGACGCGCAACCAAAAGGACUGCUCCUAAUGAUCGUGACGGAUACUUUGUCGAUCGUAAACGCCUUUCCGUGGAGGGAUCAAUGCGGUUUGAUCCAUCAUCGCGAUUCAGUGAUUCUAAAUCAAGUACUGCUGGAGGCAGUGGGCAUUUUGGAUCAGGUUCGACAUCGCUGAGUUCUGAUUAUCGUGGCUCUAAGGUGUCUGAACCGGUUCGUGGCGGUUAUGAUAACCAUGCGCGACGUUUCGAUCGCCCGCCACCAUCAUCUGCCUCUACUACAGUUGGAUCGUCUGUGAUCACCCGACGCGUCGUUCAAGAGAUACCUACCCUUCGAAGAGAUAAUCGACCUGCGCCACCAUCACCACCACCGACUCGAGAGAGAUUAGACGACCGUCGAGUAGUUGAUAGGGGUCGUGACGAUAGGUAUGAUCGUGGAAACCGAGGCCGCGAUAGUUUUUCAGACCGUGACAGGGAACGCGAAAGAGAACGGCCACGUGAACGAGGAGUGGGAAGGGGUAGCGUGGCUGAACCCAUCCGCAACAACCGCAUGCCUGAGCGAGAUCACCGUGAUCGAUAUGCUAGUGACUCGCGAACUGGGAAAGAUCACCGUUACAACGAGCGAGGAUCCGAGCCCUGGCAACGAGGUCCAUCUGGUGCGAAUGCACCUGCCUCAAGCAGUGGGGCUGGUAGCUCGAAAGCGGCCUACGGCUCGAAUGCAAGUGGCAGUAAUAUGCUCGGAAAUGGAGUUGGGUCGUCUUCUAGUACUAACGGGUGGUCUGGGAACGGAAGUGUUCAACAAGAUCGCUGGAACACAUCGUCUUCGCUCUUGCCUGUCGGAAGAUCUUUGGGUGCGCCAUUGUCAGGGACCUUCAAUGGCAACUGGACGGGAUCAGCACCACCUCUUAGCAGUGUGUACAAUCCAGCAACAGCGAUUGGUGGUCUGAACAAUCCAAUUGUCGGGCAGUCCGGAUCCGUUAACUAUUCGGCAGACCGUUAUUCGCGACACUAAUUUUUUCCAUCCUAUCUAACCUGAUUUGUUUGUUUUUUUCUCUCGACUAGACGUUUACAAUGUAUCAAGAAAAUACACUAAAUUGGACUUUA